CUCAAUCAGACACUCUGGGCAUGUCGAUCGCCAUAAACACCCGCAUGGCAUGACCUCCAUUUGUGGAAAAAAUUCCGGAUGGGACGCAGUCGACGCAUUAAAGUGAAACAGGGACCAACGCUUCUGCACUGCAAUCCGGUGCCGUUUUGCAAUUUGCAAUAACGCCGGAUUCAGGGACUGUUGUAUAAGAUGUGGCGGUCUUCACCCUUCUCCUGGGCCGCCAAGUGCCAGGGACUCAACUGACCAGCACCAACACCAACAUGGGCCGGUUCUUGUCGAUCGCCACUGUGGCUGCGUCGCUGCUGACGGCGACGUCCGCCCAGAUCAGGGUUCGUCUGAAUCCCUCCAACGUGCGCUCCCUGGCGGAGCCCGACUUUCACACCUGGACCAUCGAGAGCGAGAGCCAGAACGCCUCAACCACGGUCAACGAGGUCUCGUUUGGUCUGUCUGCCGAUUCGCAGCUGGAGGGAAAUUACUUUAAAUACCAGUACACUCGAGCGAUCUCGCACCUCGGUGAGCGUGUUGUCAACCAAGGCAUCACGUCGGGUGAUGAAUCUGGAAGCAUCGCUCUGUCCAUCAAGGGUCUGAGCAAAGGAGAACACUCGCUCCUUACCUGGCACAAUGCCUGGGACGCUGUCGAUGCGAUCGGCUCUGUGUCCGUGUCGAUAAACGGGAAGAAACAGGCCUCGGUCAAACAAUCAGUCCGCGUUGAUAACAUCUGGGAGGCAGCAACCUCGUACGUGACCUUCAAUGUAAGCUCGGAAAACGAGGAAGUCAAGGUCAACUACGCGUCGUCCGGUAACUCCGAGGAUGUCGGCGUCAUCCUCAAUGGAUUCGAAAUCGACACCCCUGCGAUCGGAAACCAGAUAUCAUUUCCGUCGCCGAACCACCGUGACGAGCGGAUUCAGCCGGAGAAUGGAAAGAGUGUCAUCGCAUCGUGGCGGGCGCCAUCGUCUGCCAAGGGCGCUACGUAUAAUGUUUACAAAGGAACUGCGACGGAUGACCUGAAGCUCACAGCCAAGGGGCUAAACAAGACCGAGACCACUCUGUCUGGGCUCAACACCAUGGACACAUUCUACUGGAGAGUCGACGUAGUGUCCGGUGGAAGAACAUACACUGGUCGUACGUUCACCUUCCGGCUGGCGCAUUUGGCAUUCCCCGGUGCAGAGGGAUACGGUCGCUUUGCUCGCGGUGGUCGCGGCGGUAAAAUCGUCAAAGUCACCAGUCUAGAAGACAGUGAGGCACCAGGGACGCUCCGACACGCUGUGACGAAUGUCACUGGGCCCACGAUCGUGGUCUUCGAUGUCGGCGGCGUCAUCACGCUCAAGUCCCGACUGUCAAUCACCGACAGCUACAUCACGGUCGCAGGAGAAACUGCACCUGGAAAAGGGAUCAUAGUUCAGGGCCAGCCCUUCGGACUUUCCGGCGCAUCGGACGUGAUCGUGCGACACAUCCGCACUCGACCUGGCACCAGCUCCAACGAGACUGUGGAUGGCAUGGGCAUGGCAGGAUCCAACUACUGCAUCCUGGACCACUGCUCGAUGGGCUGGUCCAUUGACGAAUCCUUCUCGUCGCGCAGUGCGAAGAACAUCACGUUCCAGCGCAACAUGAUUUCCGAGCCGCUCAAUGUCGCCGGCCACAAGAACUACCCGGCGGGAACUGAACAUGGCUAUGCCGCGACCAUUGGAGGUGAUGUCAGCUCGAUUCAUCACAACCUGAUCGCUCAUGCCGAAGGUCGCAGCUGGAGUAUGGGUGGUGGCGUGGACGACAAUUCGACGUUUGCCGGACGCUUGGAUAUUCGCAACAACGUCGUGUACAACUUUGGAUCCCGGGUGACGGACGGGGGUGCGAAGGAAGUCAACUUUGUCGGAAACCUUUAUAAACAAGGCCCAGCCAGCGAGCUCACCUACGCUCUUAGAGCGCAGUACGAGGACAAUAUGCCCGGAAAGCAACAGUACUACUGUGCAGGCAACUCAAUGCCUGGCGUCUUUGACCAGGAUUCGAAGCAGUAUUCCUCUGAAGACGGCACAUCCCAGACUUCCAAGAUUGCCUGCUACGCCGACGUCAGCAUCGACCCGGCUCCUGAGUAUCAGAAGUUCUUCGAUGAGCCGUUCUUCCCGUCCUACAUCAAAGAGCACACUUCUACCGAAGCGUACAAGCGCGUCCUCUCCGACUCCGGAUCCAACCAGCCAGUUCUCGACGAUCACGACACGCGCAUCAUCCAUGAGACACUCAACGGCAGCUACACCUACCGCGGAUCUAAAUCCGGUAAUAAGGGCCUGAUCGACAAUGAGGCAGAUGCUGGAGGCCUGGAAAACUACCCCAAAGCCUCGCGGCCGGAUAGCUGGGACGCCGACAACGACGGCAUCGCCGACUGGUGGGACGGAUCGACCGGAGGAGACGGAUACACGGCAAUUGAGGGCUAUCUUCAUUUCAUGGCCGAACCGCACGUCUUCGUGACACCCGGAGAAUCGGUCAAGUUCAAUUUGAGAAAGCUGGCGGCAGGAUUUAAAAACCCGUCGUUCAAGAUAUCGGGCGCGAAAUUGGGAUCCGUCAAGAAGAACGGGGGCCAGGCGACCUACACGUCUAGCGGGGAUGCUGGUGUUGAUCACUUCACGGUCACCAUCUCCGAUAGCGAGGGCAGCGAGUGGGAGAGAACUGUAGGCGUGGGUAUCUUUAAGGGAGCCGAAUCUUUGCAAUAGGACAUGAAGGAGAUGAUCUUGGACCGAGCAGGUCUCGUGAAGAAGGGUGUAU